AGGUAAUAUAAGAAAACAUUACUAAGCUAAUCAAGAAGAGCCAGGCUUAUGAUCAGAGAUAAGCUCUCCCUUCUCUCUAUCCUCACUUCCGCAUUGGGAUAAGAUUCAUCGACCUGACUCACCGGCUCCUCCAUGGAUUGAGAGGCGGUCGUUUUUUAUUCAGCUACUAGACACACCUUUACUUUUGAUUUUGGUUCCGACCUUAGCAGCAACGGUUAUGCGGUCAGAAUCCAAGGAAACGGAUUUCAAUCGCAAAUUUCACUGUUCACCGUCGCUUUAGAUUUUUGUUAGUAUCUUCUAUCUUGGUGUUUUUUAAUUCAAUCGAUAAGUGGUUUGGGGAUUCCAGUCUCACGAAGCAUCUUCUCGAUCAUUUUGGGACGCGUGAUCUUUGGUGUUGGUCGGAAACCACCAACAACGACUGGUGGCCAUCUGCUCAUCGACGAAGUUGAUUCUUCGUGCUCCGUCACUUAAAUCUAUUCUGGAAAGCGGUUUGGGACUUUCCUUGUCUAGAAGAACAGAGUUGUACUGUCUUUUAACCCAGAGCCCUACUUCCGAAUUCUGAAUCGAAUUUCUGCAAAAAUGGCGAAGAAGAACCAAACCUACGGUCAACCUUCACAGCCACGAUUUACCAGGUCAACAGCUUCCAGGUUUGAGGUCCUUAACUCUAUAGAUGAAGAUUUCCCAGCACUUGCUGCAACGAAGAUGAAACCUGCAAUUCUGGAAACUCCAGCUUCUGCGAUGAUUUCACCUGCAGGGCAGGACAUAUCGGAGUUUUCUUCUGCGCAGACUUACACUAUUACAGCUGGAAACAAUGUUGUAAUCAACCCAAAUGCUGAGAGUAUUCUGAACGAAGGUGUGAUUACUGCUAUACAAGGUGGAAAAAUUGGGAGCUCUAACCACAGCUGCUACACAAGAUGCUGCAAAACAAGUUGCAGGACAGUCCCAUUCUGGAAAUAGUCCAACAGCAAGGCUAAUCGAGGCCUCUCAUGCAACGAUUUCACCCUCUCAUCCUAUAUACCAUUAAUCAAGAAAAGAACCAAACUUGGCGGAGGUGGACGGUGGUUCCCGGCAUAGUAGAUGGUGGCACGGUAGUAAAGCAUUGCCUUAUCAUGGAAGGUGUCGCCGCUCCGUCGCAACGCAAGGUGAUGGUUGUGGCGGACCCCACCAGGGAGUCAGCGGCCGCCCUUGAAUAUGCCCUCUCCCAUGCAAUUCUUGAAAACGACACGUUGUACCUUCUCCACAUCGAGAACCCCAAUGCGUGGAGAAACCAGAUCGGGUCAUUCUUCAAAUGGCCCCCCUCGUCGGCUUCCAAUAGGACCGCCACCUCAGACGGCGGAGCGGCCGCCCUGGGGCUCAGCGGCGGCCCGCAUGUGGAGGUGGACUUCUUAGAAUCCAUGAAGCGUGCAUGUGAGGUUGCGCAGACGAAAAUGGCGGUGCAUGCUGAGAGGGUGGCCAUAAUGGAUGGGAAGGAUAAAGCUUCGGUCAUACUUUCUCAGUGUUCAACGCUUGGGAUUGAUCUUCUCAUUAUUGGGCAGAGGAGGACUCUAUCCAAUGCAAUUUUGGGGCCGAAGAGAAGUGGACGAGGAUCGUUAAAAGGGCUAGACACUGCAGAAUAUUUGAUUGAGAACAGCAAAUGCACCUGUGUUGGAGUACAGAGAAAGGGCCAAAAUGCUGGAUAUAUUCUCAAUACUAAAACACAUAAAAACUUUUGGCUCUUAGCUUAAAUCAACUUAAUUAUUAAUUACUUGAUCCAUCUCAUUUCUCAGAUCAAUUAAUAUAAUUAGUUGGUUCAAAUGCAUAAAUGGUACUUUAACUAUUGGUAAUAUUGCAUUUUGGUACCUCAACUCUUAAAUGAAUUAAAACGGGACCUGGCCUUCCAUUCUUUUGGAACUCCAUCCGUCCUGAAAAGGUUGGCCAAAUUUCCUUUUUUGGAUGUCCUAAAAAGAUUUGCCAUUUCCAUUUAAAGUAAGGAAUAUGUGGCUAAAAUUAAUUCUCUCCUCUGCAAAAAUUUCAACCACAUAGUUUUUACUUUAUUAAUCCAUGUGAAAGUCAACUUUGUCCAACCUUUUUGGGACGGAGGAAGUAUAAAUGUUUCGUAUUGAGACUUUACGCACAGAAUUAUAUUCUUGCCGCCACGUGUGAUCUUUUGGUCGGAAAUUUGAAUAAAAUCUCAAUUCGAAAUAUUUAUGUAAAGUUAUGAUAUCGUUUUGAUUCAUUUAAGAUUUGUGCUUCUUCCUUACGGUGACAUUAUUGUAAAUUCUUUCCGCUUUUAAAUAAAUAAUUCACCUCUAAAUACUCCCCUCUUCUAUAUAUUUAUACCCUAAUAUCC